AUGGCAGGCGCUGGUGAGCGCAAAAGCAAGAAGGAUGAUAAUGGCAUCGGGACGGCCAUUGAUUUUGUGCUCUCCAAUGCCCGGCUGGUGCUGGGGGUGGGUGGAGCAGCCAUGCUGGGCAUUGCUACACUGGCGGUUAAGCGGAUGUAUGAUAGGGCAAUCAGUGCCCCUACCAGCCCCACCCGCCUGAGCCAUUCAGGGAAAAGGAGCUGGGAAGAACCAAACUGGAUGGGCUCCCCCCGAUUGCUCAACAAGGACAUGAAGACAGGCCUGAGCAGGUCCCUACAGGCCCUUCCCACAGGCUCCUCGGCCUUUGACACAGAUACAUUCUGCCCGCCCCGGCCCAAGCCAUUGGCCAGGAAGGGCCAGGUAGACUUGAAGAAGUCACGACUCCGCAUGUCCCUGCAGGAGAAACUUCUUACUUACUACCGGAACCGGGCGGCCAUCCCUGCUGGCGAGCAGGCUCGGGCCAAGCAAGCUGCUGUGGACAUAUGUGCCGAGCUCCGGAGCUUCCUGCGGGCCAAGUUGCCUGACAUGCCACUUCGGGACAUGUACCUGAGUGGCAGCCUCUAUGAUGACCUGCAGGUGGUGACAGCCGACCACAUCCAACUCAUCGUGCCCCUUGUGCUGGAGCAGAACCUGUGGUCGUGUAUCCCCGGAGAGGACACCAUCAUGAACGUCCCCGGCUUCUUCCUGGUUCGCCGGGAGAACCCAGAGUACUUUCCUCGUGGUAGUAGUUACUGGGACCGCUGUGUAGUAGGGGGCUACCUCUCUCCAAAGACAGUGGCAGACACGUUCGAAAAGGUGGUGGCUGGCUCCAUCAACUGGCCGGCCAUCGGGUCCCUCUUGGACUAUGUGAUUCGACCGGCCCCACCCCCGGAGGCUCUGACUCUGGAAGUGCAGUAUGAGCGCGACAGGCAUCUCGUCAUUGACUUCCUGCCGUCGGUGACCCUUGGUGACACUGUCUUGGUGGCCAAACCACACCGGCUAGCCCAGUAUGACAACCUGUGGCGGCUGAGCCUGCGUCCUGCUGAGACGGCGCGCUUGCGGGCUCUGGACCAGGCCGACUCUGGCUGCCGCUCUCUGUGCCUCAAGAUCCUCAAGGCCGUGUGCAAGUCCACCCCGGCCCUGGGUCACCUCACUGCCAGCCAGCUCACCAACGUCAUCCUCCACGCGGCCCAGGAGGAGGCUGACUGGUCUCCCGACGUGCUGGCUGACCGAUUCCUGCAGGCCUUGCGGGGACUCAUCAGCUACUUGGAGGCCGGAGUUCUGCCCAGUGCCCUAAACCCCAAGGUGAACUUAUUUGCAGAGCUUACCCCUGAGGAAAUAGACGAAUUGGGAUACACUCUCUAUUGCUCACUGUCUGAGCCAGAGGUGCUGCUGCAGACGUAGGGCAGGUGAAGGCAGGUGUCGAGCGGUCAGGCCCUGGAUUCUCUGUUAGAAACACUUGGUUCCAUAGUUGAUGCCUCACGGGGUCCCUAGGUGCCUCCCGUCUUUGCUGGUCAUCGCCCUGGGCAUUUCAUGCUGAUUAGAAAGGUAUCCCUCUCUCCUCUUUAAUCACCAACCAUUUCUAUUUUUGUUACCAACCACUGUGCUCCCUACUUUUCCCCUCCCCCUUGCUCCAGGCUAGUUUUUCUUGGAAUGAAUUGAGAAGGUGGAGCAGUGGCCUGAGCUGUGGAGACCACUUGGUGUUUUGCAUUUCGGCACAGGUCUGCUGUGUCUGCCCUGCCACCUGCCCCUUUUCAGUGUCUUCUUUUUCCACCUGUUCACACCUGUUUUGCUUUUUUUUCUGGACAUCUGCCUAAUCAAGAUGCUGCCUUGUAGUUGACUGUCACUGAAGUUAUGAUUGCAUGUUUCAAACUGAACUCUGCAGAGAGCGCCCAGACAGUAUUUAGGGUUUCUAGGGGUAAAGCUGGUGGAAAAGCUGGCCUUUGACCCAGGUUCCUGGAAAAGAAGCCCAUCCCCCCCCCCCACCAACCUCUUGACCAGCUCAUAUCCGGAAGUGCUAAGAAGGUCUCUCAUGGGAGCACUGUUGUUGCCGCACACGGGAGCGAGGGCUCAAGAUAAACUGGAUGCGUAGUUAUUCGGAGACUGUGUUUCUUAGUGGCCAUCAGUGAGAGAGUAGAGUGGGGGAACCUGGAGGUGGUGGAGAGGGUCUGCGUGCCUGAUGUCUGUGCCUCAUCUGUGGCUGGUCCAGCCCGGCACCACUGCGUGCGGGAGUCAGACAAAGACUGGGAGGGAAGGGGCUGUUGUUUGCUCCUUCCCCACCUUCUUGCCAAUUAGGACAAGGCCUUCAAGGACACAGUCUUAGUGCUAGAGGUUCAGCUAGACAGGCGGCUGAACGUCAGUGACCAUGUUUCUCCCACGUCAGGCCCUGCCUUUCUAGGAUGUUGCCUUAGAGGAAGAACGGGCCCAGCAGCCAGCCCUCCGCUCCCCAGUGUCUGUCACA